CAUCACACAUGUUCCCCAGAAAAAGCAGAGAUGAAAUGAAAAACGGGCGCCGAUCGUAUCACCACAGGCAUACAAGCAAUGCGAGGUCUCCAGGGCAAAGGAAGCCGGGAACUUACUUGGCAUAGCCUCUGGUGUCAUGGUUUGGCGAUUGCCCGCACUCAGGUCCACAGACAUCGGACCACCAUUUAUGGAAGUCAUGAUGGUGGUGAUGACGAUGAAGAAUGAGGGUGAUUGGGAGAAAUGCGACCGGCGCGAUCAGAAGAUGGCCGACGGAGGACACCGACGAAGCGGAGGACGGAGGCGGGAAGAAUGAGGGGAAGCGAAGAAAGAGAGAGAGAGAAAGAGAGAGACAGGAUCUGAUGGGACUAGACGGUGGAGGAGGAGGAGGAGGAGGAGGAACCGACAGCAGAUUAAAUGAAAGCGAGAUUCAUUCAAUCAAUCAAUCAAUCUGGACCGUUGUCAGCCUUAAAAUGGACUUUGAUUUGGUAGUCAAGUGGAUUCCUUCUUUUUUUUCCUGUCCAAGCGUCUUUCACCGUUGGGGAACAAGAUAUACGCACCGGCAGGGUCGGACGUUUUCCCCGAAAGUGCGCGGCCGAUGGGGACCUGAGUUUGGGGGGUGGAGGAGGGGAGCCACCACACGAGCUCUGGACCAGGGGAAAAGGAGAGAUCUGAAUGGAGCAGAUGGGAAAUAGGCUGGCGGGGGCGGAAAAACGGCCAGGCAAUAAUAUCGAUUAAUUGAUUAAUUGGAAGGUUUGCCCGGUUGCCCGUUUACCAUCCGUGGGUUGAAGGUGGAUAAAUGUAUAAGUUAAGUUUGGUAUGUUGAUUUGUGGAUUCUUGGUAGUGGUAGUAGUAGUACCUCUCUGUUGGAGUACUAGGUAAGUAAGGUAAGGUAGGAGAGAGAGAGAAAGUGGGUGCGGCGGGUGUGGUGGGCGGGAGUUGA